CGCAUCAGCUCUAAGAACAGUCUGUGAGCAGGUGUAAUGGGAGUUCAUGGACUGUGGAAGCUCGUGGAGACCACUGGAAAACCCAUCAACCCUGAAACCCUGGAGGGGAAGAUUUUAGCUGUCGGUAUCCUGACCUGUACACCAUCUGCCGUUUCAUCUCACUUAGCUGAAUAAAAAAAAACAUUUUUCAUGAGACCUGGGGUAAAUACCAUGGUAUUUGCCUAAAUAUGGUAUGGUGUAUAUCCAUAACUGAGCCAUCACAGAUAUCAGUAUCUGGCUGAAUCAGGCCAUCAAAGGUGUUCGGGAUCGAGAUGGAAACAGCGUUCAGAACGCUCAUCUCCUCACACUCUUCCAUCGCCUCUGUAAGCUGCUGUUCUUCCGGAUCAAACCAAUCUUCGUGUAUGAUGGAGAUGCUCCGCUGCUUAAGAAACAGACGCUGGCGCUGAGGAGACAGCGGAGGGAGGACAUGACACGUGAGUCCAGGCAGACCAAUGAAAAACUGUUCAGGACGUUUUUGAAGAGACAGGCCAUCAAAGCUGCUUUAGGGGAUUCAAGUCAAGAGGCGAUACCCAGCCUCUCCUCGGUGAGACGGGAUGAGGCAGAUGACAUGUAUGUCCUGCCUGCUCUUCCCGUCCAUGAGGAGAAAGAACAGAGCAGUUCAGAAGAGGAGAUGGAGAGAGAUGAAGAUGAAUCCGUGCAGCCCAACAGCAGAUUUCAGGAGAUCUAUGAAAACCCUGACGCUGUCGACAUCAAUUCAGAGGAGUUUUCACUCAUGCCGCCGGAGGUGAAACAUGAAAUCUUGAAAGAAAUGAAGGAGUUCAGCAAGAGACGACGCACGCUGUAUCACAAACCUCCAGAAUGCUCAAGUGAGUUCUCGCAGUAUCAGCUGGCCGGCCUCCUGCAUAGAAACAAUCUCAACCAACGUUUGGAGGGCGUAGAGCAGGAAAUGAGUCAUCACAGCUCUGGGGGGGUGGAGCAGCAGUACGGAAAGGGGAAACAGCAGGACGUGGAAGUGCGACGUCUCGUCUCGGAGGAUUCUUCUCAUUACAUCCUGAUUAAAGGUUCUCAGAAGCGCGCCGAUGCCGCAGACAGCCAGCCGACUCCUGCACUAUGGUCCAGUACUCCGUGGGCGAGGAAGGAGAGACCGAAAGGCAAGCCUGAGCCACUUUGGAAACCCAUCGCAGAUGAUGAGAACAAUCCUUCCUCAUCAUCAGAACAGACUGAGAGUCAGCAGCCGUCAGAAGGAGCUCCGCCAUCUCCACGCACCCUACAGGCCAUCCAGAGUGCCAUGAUGGACUCCAGCUCUGAUGAUGAUGAUAGUGAAGCAGUCACAGUGAGAUCUCAUGACAGACACGAAACAACAGGAACGGAAGAUAAGGAUGGAAGUGCUUCACCUCGAACUUUACACGCCAUCCAGAGCGCCAUGAUGGACGACGCGGAACGUCACAAAAACAGGAAAUAUAUGAUGUUGAGCAGCUCGGAGGAUGAGGAGAAGCGGAUUGUUGCUGACGAUAGACGGAUCGCUGGAGAUGGAGGUGUAUCACCCAGGACUUUGUUGGGCAUUCGGGAAGCUUUAGGAGAUCGUGGAAAUGAGGAACAGAAAAGCAUCUCUGAGAGAGAGACAACCGAAAUCGAGAGCGCGGCUCUCCAAAGCAACGAUCACAGGAAAGAUAUCUCCUUUCUAACUCCAGAUGUUUCCUCGCGGACAGUGUCAAGCACACCUCAUGUUCUCGCUUCACGCUCUCAGCCCAAAAGCCCAGCAGAGCCAGAAGGGGUUUCAGAAGAUGAAAAAAAACAAAGUGCCUCCUCUGAUCAAAAACCUGUAAAUGUUAAUGAAGAGGUUAAAGAGAACAGAGAAAUUGUCGCGAAGACUGAAGAAGAAUCCAGCAGCUCAGAAGAGAGUUUUAUCGAGGUGUAUGAUGUAGAAGAACCUCACGCCAAAGCAGAAGAGCAAUCAGCCAAUCAGAGCACGUCAGAUGACGUGGAUGUGAAGGAGGCAGAGGAAGAAAAAGAGGAAGAUCUCAGUGCUGGAAACAUCAGUCAGAUGAAGGCGUCAGAAAAUGAACCUGCUGUUGAAGAAUGGAAUCAGAUUGAUGUGGAGGAGCUUGAGCAGUUAGAGAGAGAUCUAGAGGAAGAACAGACCAGCCUGAAGCAACAACAGCAGCAGCAGGAGAGAACCAGCUCCACGGUGACGGGACAGAUGUGUCAGGAGAGUCAGGAGCUGUUGCGAUUAUUCGGUGUGCCCUUCAUUGUCGCACCCACGGAGGCCGAAGCCCAAUGUGCCACGCUAGACCACCUGGACCAAACGCACGGCACCAUCACAGACGACAGCGACAUCUGGCUCUUCGGCGGCCGCCAAGUCUACAAGAACUUUUUCAACCAGAACAAGUAUGUGGAGCAUUACCAGUGCACAGACAUGCAGAAUCAACUGGGUUUGGAUCGGACCAAGCUGAUAAAUCUGGCCUAUCUGCUGGGCAGUGACUACACGGAGGGCAUCUCAGGUGUGGGUUACGUCACAGGAAUGGAGAUACUGAAUGAAUUUCCUGGUACCGGCCUACAGCCUCUCUACGAUUUCAGUAACUGGUGGUCUGAGGCUCAGGAGAAGAAGAAAGUGACUGCCAAUCCCAAAGACACAAAAGUCAAGAAGAAGCUCCGAGAUCUUCAGCUUCAUCCUGGUUUUCCGAACCCUGUUGUGGCUCAGGCGUACCUCCAUCCCACUGUGGACCAAUCAGACGCCUCCUUCAGCUGGGGCCGCCCACAGCUGGACCUCCUUCAAGAGUUCUGUGCAAGCCGAUUUGGUUGGAACAGCAAAAAAACGGACGAGAUUUUACAGCCGGUGUUAAAACAAUUUAACGCUCAACAGACUCAGCUGCGCAUCGAUUCCUUCUUCCGCCUGGAGCAGCAGGAGAGGCAGUGCAUACGCAGUCAGCGUCUGCGCAGAGCCGUCACCUGCCUCAAGAGAAAAGAAAGAGAGGAGGAAGACGAUGAAGAGCCGUCUCCAUCUAAAGCGGGCAAGGAUGAGAGUGGCAUACAGCGAGCCCCCUUAUCAGGAGGGUUUAUGGGCUCAUCUACUGACGUGCCGGAGGAGACAACGUGGGACGGGAAAGCCAGUGGAGUUACUCGGGACAGGAAGCAGGUGAUGAUGCGAGCGGCGUGCAGCAGCUCCAGCUCAGAGGAUGAGGCGGAGCGCGGGAGGGGUGUCGCUAUGGUUAUAGCGCGCUCUGUGUUCUUCGAGGGCAAGACGAGAGGAAGAGGAAAGCGCACUGGAGGGAGAGGAAGGGGCAAAAAUAAGUCAUGACAGCGUAUUUGAGAUUGACUGAAUAUGAAGCGUAAUCAUGAAGUGUUUUGAGUUUCAAUUAGCAUGUUGUGUAAAUUAUUAAAUGCGUAUUUGAAUAUGUAUUGUGAUGUAAUUGAGGUCUGAUCAUUUAUGCUUGUUUCAGUAUAAAAGCAUCUUACAGUUUAUCAGGAUCUAAAAUGAAAAAAAGAGAUGAGAUGAAAAUGCCAACACAAUCUCAUCGCACUGUUUUACUAAAUUGCUCAUUCGUAUAAUUUUGUACGGUCUGUUUUUUCGCCCAGUGACAUUAGAUUUAGUGGUGGGGGAAUGAUACGUUUUUGUCCUAUUCACAUUGUACGAAUUUAUAUGAAAUUGACACUUCCUAAAAAAAAGUCUGUGAUCCGAAUUGUAAUUAAAGCAUUUUUUACAAUAAUGGCCAUAUCGUGUAAAGUCAUCAAAAUGUUACUUCCCAGGCAUAAAAUGUUGAUGUUUUUGGUAAAUAAC